UGCGUCCGUUGCUUGAUUGUUCGAUUGAUCGUUCGAAUUUGCUGGAAAUGGCAGUUAUGUAUUUGUAUUGAUGUGCAUUCACCCUUAAUAAGACGUAUAUUGCGUCAAUACAUGUGCUCUUUCACCAACCUCUCUUCUCUUCCUUUACCGACCCAAUCAGCGAUCCAACCACAUGAAGCCACAUCUGCCUAGUGCUACCUUACUGUACUGUACCUUACUGUCCGACUCGACUGGCGCCGGCCAUGAUAUGAUUCAACACCCUGUUUGAAAUGUCCUCCCAGUUCCUACAGGCGGAACUCUUGAAUCUUAUCCAAGAGUCUAAGAGAAGAAACUCGGAACUCCGCACUGCCGCCGAAGAGUCGCUCAAUGACUUGAAGGCACUACCUUCAACCUCAGAGGCUCAGAUAUCUGCUGACCUUCUGCGCAAACCCAAGUUUGUGAAUCCCUUCAUUAUCGCUUGCCAUAGUCGCCAUGCCAAGCUCGCAAGCAUCGGAGUCAUCUGCCUGCAAAGGCUGGUGGCAUCCCGGUCAUUGCCACCGGAGCGCCUUCGAGAUGUGCUCUCGGGCCUGAAGGAGACGGCGAGCAUGAGCCUGGAUAUUCAACUGAAGAUAUUGCAAACUCUACCGUCCUUGCUUCAACAUUAUGCGAGUGAUCUGGGCGGGGAUCUUCUUGUGAGCACGCUGGAGAUCUGUGCAACCUUGCAGACGAACAAGAUGCCUGCUGUUUCAAGCACAGCCGCAGCAACGCUCCAACAGCUUGUGGUAUCUACAUUUGAGCUAGUCACUAUCGAAGACAAGAACUUUGACAAAACGACUCCCACGGUCAUUGUCAAGGUGGAUGGGAAUCCCAUCAACGUGGGACAUUUUGCGUAUGACGCUCUACGUGUUCUGGACGACCUAUGCCGUCUCGUAGACGGUGAACCGCUCUAUUUCCUUCGCAUCAAAUCUCUGUCCACGCCGUUCACCCUAGAGCUCAUCGAGAGCAUUCUACUCAAUAGUGGCAGGCUUUUCGUCACCCAUGCCGAGUUGACCCAGGUCUUGCGGGCUAAGCUGAUGCCAGUUCUGGUGCGAAUCCUCUCUGAGAGACAUACAUUCUCCCAGACUGUUCGUGCCAUUCGCAUUCUCUCUGUGCUACUCAAGCGCCACAUGUCUCUUCUGCCUGCCGAGUGCGAGAUGGCCCUCGGACUUGUGACGCAUUUACUUGAGCCAGACGGGACAUCACCGUGGAAGCGAGUCCUCUGCAUGGAACUGUUCCGAGGAUUGUAUGCUGAGCCAGGUCUGGUAAGGCUCAUAUAUUCUUUAUACGACGGGGAGGAGAGAAGGAAGAAUAUCUUGAAAGACCACAUGGCCGCUCUGGUUCGUCUCGCCUCUGAGAAGCCUUCUCUGAUUGGAGUCAGCGCCCGGUCCACUGUACCUUUACGGACCGAGCAUACAAGAGCUGUCACCGAAGAGCAAAUUACUCUCGAAGCAGGGGGUGUUGCUGGCGUCAUCGGAGCAUCUGUUCCUAUCACAGACUCCGAUGCGCCGGGAAUCAGCAGCCAAUGGAGCGUGGUCCGAACACCUUAUAUGGAACUGCUCGAUAAGACUGAGCCGCCAUCGCCACCUGAGACAUAUAUCUACAGUCUUGUACUGAACUGCAUCAGCAACUUUGCUGAGGGGCUUGCAAAGUUUAUUCUACCAUUAACAGUCCCCGACCUGAAACAAAAGCGGCGAAGUCGUGCGACUGGUCCCGAACAGGGGACUGAUUCCCCGAGACAGCCUCACAGCAGGAAGUCGCCAGUACCCAUUAACCCUCUUCAUUUGGAGUCUCAUCCCCAGCUUGCAGCCAUCAAAAGUUGUGCUGGCAUUAUCGAUAACUGCUGGCCAGCCAUUCUUGCAGCAUGCUCCACGUUCUUGUACGCAGCCCUUGAUGAUGACUUCUACCACAACCUUGUCAGGUCUUUUCAGAAAUUGGCGCAUGUCGCGGGUCUGCUCAGAUUGUCGACGCCCCGGGAUGCCUUCUUAACGACACUUGGCAAAGCAGUUAUGCCAGCGGAUACCGGCAGUGUCAAGCCCGCGAAUACGCCGGCGUCCGCUACAACGGCUCUGCAAUCCAAACAAACGACAGAUGAUAAAACGAAGGACUCGCAUGUAUCUCUCGGUAGCUCAUCGGUAUCUGCCGAAGUCAGCAGUAUUCCUCCAGAGAGUGCUUUCGUGUCUUUGAGCACCAGGAAUCUCCUGUGCUUACGCGCUUUGCUUAAUCUAGGAAUCGCGCUUGGGCCAACUCUAGAUCAGCCGGCCUGGUCCAUUGUACUCGGCACCCUUCAAGAUACUGAUAUUUUGAUUGGUUUGACCACAAAUCCUCAGGCCAUGACAAGCUCCGCCGAAGCCUCGACUGCAUCAAUGGAUGUGCCUAAAGCCAAUCUCGGCGCCGAGAUUAUAGCCGUGCAAACGGCAUCCGCAAAGAUGUUCGAGAGUAGCGGCGACUACCCCAUUGAGUCAUUCCAGGAUCUCCUGACUGCACUUUUGGACCUUUAUGGGCCCGCUGAGGAUGCCUCACAGACUGCACCGCAGUCUCCUACUGGUGAGCUUCUUUCUCCGCGCGCCAGUCUCAUGCGCAAAAACACCCACCGCGUGUCGCUUUCGGUGGGGAAGUCUAGGACACAAGAUGAAUUGGUGAGGUUUGUGCUCGAGAAAGCCAACGAGAUAGCAUUGGCAAACGUUGAUCGACUGUCUUCAUUGAUUGAGUCCGACCUGAGCGCUUGGAAUCUUCUCACUACCAGGCUGAUGUCAACUGCGGCAGACAGAGCGAUCAGCCAGAAGUUCCGGCUCAGGGCGAAUGAGGUACUGAACAGCAUUGUGACACUGACCAUGGCGCAAAGAGCUGGCGAUGAGCCUGCGAAGCAGAAUGAACGACAACUCAGGAAUCUUCAAGCGCUUAAGAUGCAGAUUAGGUUGCUCUAUGAAGCAAGCGGCUGCUCGAUCGGCUUCCCCACUGCUCCAGUUGUUGAAAUUCAUGAACAAAGCCUGGAGACACUCAAGAGCAUCCUUGAACUAUAUGGCGAGACAUUCUUGGAUGGAUGGGCUCUUGCUUUCGACCUCAUCACAAGUGUAUUUGGUGAGAGGAAUGAGAAUGAGAAAUCCGGGAACUCGACCGCAAGAAGCCAGGCCAGAUGGGUAGCAGAUUCAGUUCGACUUGUGCGGGUUGCUUAUCAAUCGUUACAACUGAUAGCCUCUGACUUCGUUGCAUUGCUUCCACUACCCUGUCGAUUGGACCUGGUGGAAUCAUUUUCCAAGUUUGCUCAACAGCAGCAAGAUUUCAACAUCUCUUUAACCACUACAUCAUCUUUCUGGAAUGUCUCAGACUUUCUCCAGGGACAAAUCGAGCAAUUCUGCAUUGAAUCUCACAUUGAUGCCUCCGUGAGCGAGGACGUGCUUGCGAACCUCGCCAAGGGCGAUGACCCCUCGAUUUCUCGGAAUGCUUUGUGGCUACUGCUCCUUUUGAGGAUAGUAGACUUGACAACAGAUAGCCGAUCGGAAGUCCGAAACUGUGCUAUCCAGACUUUGCUGAGAAUUUUCGAUGCAUAUGGGCAACAAUUAUCUCCCAAGGCAUGGUGUUUGUGUCUCAACAGAGUUCUGUUUCGUAUGGUGGAAGAAAUAGAAGAUGAGCUCUGCCUGACGCGGGAGAAGAAUAAGUCCGACCAUUCUGAUAGCACCAAGGCUUGGAUCGAGACAACAGUUGUUAUGGUCAAAGGAGCAUCUGAUCUGAUUACGAAUUUCUUUGGGACGAUAGUUCAGGACGAUCUAUUCGAUCAAUCAUGGGAGCGCCUGUUGGGGUACUAUCAGAAGCUGCUUAGUUUGCGGCUUCUUGAAUUCAGUGAAGCUGCCUACUCCAGUCUAACGAGCAUCCUUCUUCGGAUACAGGGUCCCGGCGAGUUCAGCAAGCAGUCUCUGCGCUCAACCUGGCUCUUGUGGCUGAAUGGUCACCCGGCUGAUCGGGAGGAUAUGCUUAACCUGGAUAGACCGAACCAAAAUGCCGCAAUGGCCUAUCUUCAAGCAUUUCAACAGAUAUAUCGCCUAUACAAGGAUGAUCUUGAAGAUGAAAGUGUCAAGAAGAUCCUUGGACAUUUUCAACUGCUUGCUUGGAACUCGAUAUCCCCGCCUUACUCUCCGGAUAUCGACCGCCCUUCCAAGGUACAGGCGCUGCUCAUGGAAUGUCUGAAGCUCUUGUGCUCGGAAGGCAAUUCGCAGUCGAGCAUCGUUGUAUGUCUGGCAGAACUGGCAGAUUCACCUCUAUCGAAGUGGUCGCCCGAGAGUGAUUCCAAGAAGCCCACUUACGUCGCUUUCGCAAAGGGCGUGAUAGACCUUCUAGACUGGUAUAUCUCCGAGCAUGGCAUCAAGAAAGACAUUUUCCUGGACGGUUCUCUGGCGACCGCCCUGGGUCAUCUGGUGAACUCCAUUGCUUUGAGAUAUGAAUGGCCCGGCAAGGACCGCGAGCCGAGUCUUGCGCAGAAGUCCACCACUGCUUCCCUGAACAUCUUGCAGGUGGGAAUCCCAUACGUGGAAAAGCAAUAUGCCACCGCCCAGCAGGAGCAAAUCACCCGUUUUUGGGAUUGCGUGGUGGACCUGGCAAAUGGCAUCGUCUCGGCCCGUGGCUUUCGAACCGGUUCCAUUCCCCACACCAAGAUUUUGAGCGAUGAGACCUUCGACGUGGCUGCGUUCAACCGACUGAAGACGCUCAUCAUCCCAUCGCUGGGUGCAUCUACGAUCCCCGACUCCACCCGCCGGGACUUCGCCUGUGCCCUGUUGCGGUCAUCGUUCAUCUACGCCCCACAGCGACUCGACCUCCCUCGCCAAUCCCUCGAAGAAGACCCGCUGCACGGGUUGUACGAUGUCCGACCGGGCAGAACCUUCGACCCAUCACCGACGCCUCGCACCAAAAUGGCAUACGCCGUAAUUGAUACACUGUUCGAACUCGCCGCAGCGCCAUCACUUCCUUCGUCUGACACCGCACCCCCCCUGUCGGAGCAUAGGUCGGGAUCCGUGGAGCAAUCAGCCUCUGCCGCUCGCCUCGCCCUCGCCCGGUCCAUCUCCCCGUACUUGAUCCUCCGGACCGCCGUGUCCCUGAAAGGCUACAUCGCCGACCAGCCCCUGCGGGGCCUGAUGCCGCAGCCCACCCCGGCCCGGAAAUCCCUGCUGCACCUCCUGCGGGGCAUGGUGGCUCUGCAGAGCGACCCAUCGACGGUCCCCACGCCGCCGGGCACGGUCAACAGCGUGCAGGCUAGUAGCCCACACGACCUGGAUCACAAAAAGCACCUGGCGUGGAUCUACCCGCUCGUCGUACGAGCCGUGCAGGUAGCCGGGAAGCAGCAGGACGACGGGGAGGUCCUGCCUGCCCUGGGCCAGGUUCUGUCGGCGUGAUUCGGGCCCCCUUGGAGUUGUCCGUUCCGUUUACGCAGGUGAAGAUGUAUUCUUAGUUUGUUCUCCAGUCUUAGUCGAUAUCCCCAU